GAGUUACUUUUCCGUUAAAAGAUACCCACUCUGACAUUUCAGAAAAUAGGAAACGAACGAGAAAAUGCAAUCCUACUUGAAAAUUCUAAAAAUUAAAUUUGCCGCGGCGUAGAGUACAAAUAUAUAAAUCCUCUCACAGCUUUUGUGUGAGCAGUCAAUACCUGUGAAUUGUGGCGCAGUGCUGCUUCGACCCUGUGACAAUCAGACAGAGAAUUGAUGCACUAGAGCAAUGGAAAAGCCAAAUGGUAUCAGAACAAGAUUACAGCCAUUACCUGAGGAAAAUAUUAUGGCAAUUCUGGAUCUUAUUGGUGUGAAGGAUCAACAUGACAUUGAAGAUGAUAAGUUGACUUUUCUCUCUGCAGUUCGAGCUAUUUCUAUUGUUCCACAAGUAGCACAAGUGCCGACUAGGAAAAUGUAUGAAGCAGUUUUCCAAAUACUUCAAGAUAACAGAUCACUGGAGCUUACAAUAACCAGUUAUCAAUUAUUGCAAGAUCUUGAAAAGUGUUUUCCACGAGUUAGUAUUGCUAAAGUUGAAGGGUUAUCAUCCACUGACACAGAAACUCAACUUGUAAUUAAUUCCGAGGUUUGGUCACCAUUUGGUGUCAGCUUAGAGAACGAUUCUACUGAGAUGGAAGGGCAUUUGUCUACAGAUGAUGAUUACAUCGAUUUCUCAAAACUAUUGUCAUCAACUCAGGACAUAGUGAAUCAUGUCUGUGAUGGAGAUCCAAUGUACUUGGGAAAAGGUCCAGAACUAAAUGUAAGGAGCAAGCAACUGACAGAUGAUAUUAUGUCAAAGAUGAUGAUGUUCCAGUACCUUGUCACUCUUCUUAGAAUGGAUUUUAUUUCUCGCUGUCAAGUGUUUAAGUCAAACCAGAAAUGGCCCAUUAUACGAAACUCCUUCCUUAACCAGCUAUUGGGAUCACAAAGAGCGAAUUUCAAGAAUCUAGUAAAAAAUUUGAUGCGUAUUGUUGCUGCAACAACUAGAGAGGAUUCGGCAAUGGAUCUUGACACUGAACAUAAUUCAGAUUGUAUCCCCCAUAAGCCUUUACAGAAACCUGACCUGGCAGACACUGAGUUUAGACAUACACUCUCCCAAUCGGUAGAGACAUUGCUUACACUGGUGAUGGAACUAGACACACUUAAGAAAGAAGCAAAUCAAAAUAGGUGGACAUCUCGAUCAGAUGGUUCUCGGACACCUGUUUUGGAGAUUGUCAUAGAUGAAUUAUCUUACAACAAGGAACUUAUUUCUCCGUAUCUUCAGGGAACGGUAGAAGCAAAAUGGAAGACAAACAUUAUUUUGACUUUUUUUUCGAAGCAUUGCCCAAGGUCCAUCAAAAUGUUCGAGAGAAAUAUAGACGAAAGUACAAUUAUAGACAUAUUCAAUUGCUUUUCUAAUGUAACAAAUGUAAGGAUCAUCAGCAAAAGAAUGGGCGAAGAUGUUAUUCAAUUGCUCUUAGUGCAUGGAUUUCAGGCUUAUUUUUCACUACAGCAAGGCACCUGUUCUCUUUCUCAUGUCAAAGAUAAUGCAGAAGGAGAGACAUUACUCAAGGAAACCUGCAAAUCGUUCAUAACUUCUUUCAGAAAUCUUAAAAGAGUAUAUAAGGAACUAGAACUUGUUGCAGGAGGAAGAGAGGCCUUGUUUACUGCAGCAACCAUUAUGUCAUGAGUAACAUAUUAAUUUUCUUUUUAGAUUGCAGUAAGUGAAACCUUAUUCACAUAAUUUGAGGAAGUCCUUCCUGAUUUUGUAUAUAUUGUAUAAUGUUAAAGAAAUCGCAACACGGUGUCUCGUAUACAACAUAUGAUUAUUCGAUUCAAUGAAGUCCAAUUUUCAUUCUAGCAAACUAAAAGUCUUUCAAUGAGGUGCAAAUUUGAUUUUUGUUUAUAACUGAGGAAAUAAAACGAUUAAAGAAAUUGUUUUAGCUUA